AUUUAUUUUUACAAUAUCUAAGUGGAUACAGUAAUAUAGAAAGAAAUAUUUAUAUUAAGAAAUAUUAAAUUGACAUGUCUAAAACUAAGAAAGAUACACGUAGGAGUGAGGAAUAUAGUAGUUUUUCUUCUUGUACAUCUUCAUCAUCAGAUGAUGAAGAAGUGGAUCCAAAAGAUUUGAAACCAAUUAAAGAAUAUCUAUCUAACCGUAAGGAAUUAGCUCAUCAACUUUUUACGUCUGUUAAACCAGAAAAAAUACGUAUGAUGUUACCUCAAAUUUUGAAACAAAUAGAUUUGAAUGAAUUGCAACAGUGGUGUGUGAGUGAAUUAAGCGGAAUGUCCAAAACUCGAAUAUUAUCUAUAUUGAAUGACAAACCUAUGUUAGAGUCUUCAGACACAAAUGAAUCUGAAAAUUCAGGACCUUCUUUAGAAAUAAUUUCUGAUACAGAAGAAUGGUUGACGGAUGAUGAUGUAUGUAAAAAGGAAGAUGAAGGAAAGAAAAAAGCAAAGAGAAAUAAAAUAAAAAUUAAAGGGAAAGCACAAAUCAGUAACAUAAGUGAUAUAGAUAAGUCUAACAUCAAAGGGAAAUUUAAUAAUAAAAAUGAUAAUGAUAAACUUAGGGACGUUAAAAUAAAAAAGGAAGAUGGUAAAGAUAAAGAAAAGGAAGGAGAAAGUUUGUUAGAUUUAUUGGAACUGGAGAUGCGGGCACGUGCAAUAAGAGCUUUGAUACGAAAAGAAGAAGAUAUAAUUCCAUCCACUAAUUCGUCACAAACAAAUAACAGUCAAACGACAAAUAAUAAUACAAAGAUACAACAAGAUGAUGCAAUGGCGAAAGAGAACUGUCGCAAGCAACUAGAAAGAAUUAUCAAUGCUAAGCAAAAUGGUAUCGGUGAAGAUGAAGAUGUUGUCUUGGUAGUACAACCUACCCCAGUAGUUGAGUUAUCUAGCGAGAGUGACAUAGAAAAUAAUGAAAGAACAACUAUAAAUCAGAAGAAUAAACGUGUAACAAAACCAGAGGAAUCAGGAGGAGUAUGCAAUGCUAAUGAAGAAGCGAAAAAUUCGCAACUUGUACAAAACUUAAAAGACAAGAAGGAAACUCAAGAAGCAAUUGUAUUACAAAAUAAUACAGAUACUGUAGCUAGAGCUGAUUUAAAUAGAAGCGAAACGAGAUUGAAAAUAUCUGAGAGAAAUGUAGAUAUAAAGAACAAUACCUUGUCUAUAUCUAUUUCUGCAGAUAACGUUGCGGACAAGCGAAAGAAGUCAAAAAGAAGAUUACGCGCGAAAUCACAACUUGCUUCUUCUAUCUCUAAUACCAUUCAGGGCUCUCCUAAAUACAAACGAGUUAAAAAUAUCGAGACUACAGAACAACCGAUUGACACAAGAAACGAGGAUAUUAACGAACAGUCGAGAACAAAUUCAACUUCCGACGAAACGAAAGUUACCGCUGAAGAAGAGGACAGUGCGAAAAAGAAGAUCGCGGAAGAAAGUAAAAUUGAGAAAGAAAGAUCGGCAGACUCGGAUGAGAUAAUAGAUUUAGACGAUUAUUGCGAUGUUAUGGAUAUGGACAACUGUGAUGAUGACGAUGAUAAAAGUCAAGAUGAAAUUAUCACUCCAGCCCAGCAGAGUCAACAAUCCGUGUCUCAGGCUGCACCGAAUGCGCAAACAUCAGCGGAAUCAUCAGAAACUUGGGCGUCGCGUUAUUAUCAAACUGACGAUGUGCAAAAUGUAAUAAAAGAAUCGAAGAUUCAAUCCGAGAUUCGGAAACGUUUGAGAGAACGUCAGAGGUUAUCCAAGCUGAACAAAUCGCCAAACAUGAAUUUAUCUUCUAAGACGCCAGAGAAUCAGACAACUAGUGUACCCGAGAAAGCUCCAACGGGAUCGGUGGAGGAAUAUUUAGCAUUGAAACGUAUGACGAACGCGAAUGUUAGUGAUGGUAACAACGAUAGCAAUAAUACUACUACUCAAGAUAACUCUACAACUGUUAGUUCCAAUAAUGACGUAAGCGUGACAGAAAAAGUGCAGGAUGAAGAUAUUCCUCCCAAUACAGAAUCUACAGAUAGCACAGACAUUAUGACAGAAACUAAUUGUCCUCCCUCUUCCUCACCCACCGAAGCUGCUACCGUUGAAACGGCGAAUGAAAUUACCGAUACAACAAAUGACACUUAACCACUUUAGUCUAAAUGUUAUUUAAUUCCAACUAACUUUAACUAACAUUAUUAAUAUUAAUUGUAAUCAUUCUUGAAAUACCGUAUGUACAAGUAAUAUAAAAAAUAUUUAUUUUAUUA